AUGUGCAUCAUGGCGGCCUUGGUUGGGAUGAGCGCGGAGUUCCCGUUCAUCUUGGUUCAUAAUCGCGACGAGGACUGGACAAGGAAGACUUUCGAUGUGCAGGACAACGGAGCUGUCAUAGCGGCGAUCGAUAGCAGGGCAGGUGGAACAUGGAUGGGGUUGCACAAGGAGACUGCUAGAUUCGCUGCGCUUACGAAUGUGAGAACAAAACAAAAGGUACCCACUCCGUCCAAAUCACGGGGAAGAAUGGUUCAAGACUACCUCGAGAGAGGAAGCGAACAAUGGGAGGACUACUAUGCUUAUCACACGUAUAUGCUCAUGAGAUGCUGGUUGCACUGCAGCGAUAUCAGAGCAAGGCAACAUGGCGAACCAGAAGUUUACCUUCGCACUUGUGUUCCUACUGUUGGUGGGGGAGAAUGCACAUGGGAAACUGUGUGUGAACGACUGGACUCUGGACACGUGUACUGUAUCAGCAAUGAAGAAUGCAGAAGUGUAAACACAGCCAACUUCCCGAAGUGCGCCUGGCUCAAGCAAGAGCUUGAGCGAACAAUCAAAUCGUUCAAUGUUGAAAGCAAAGGGAAAGAAGGCGCACUGAAACUUGCAGAAGCGAUGAGCAUAGCGAUGUCCUCUACAGUGAAUUUUGCUGAGGAGAGUCUACCCGAUAUGAGUUUUAGCCCUCUCACCAAGGAGCAGGAGACUAUCUUGCAAAGGGGCCCGUACAUUCACGGGCCGAGUGCAGGUUUUGAAAGCUACGGGACUCAGACACAGACGAUUGUCAUUAGCAGUGCGAGCAGCAAGUCAAUCUAUUACUUUUGCAGGAGAACAGAAGGCUCGGCAGACGCCCUUUGCCUGUUUCGAGGUCCAGUGAAGUCAAUGCAUUACAACUGA